AUGGAUAUAGAUAACAAAUCAAAGAACGAUGAUACUUGCCAUGAUAUGGAUGUUGAACUUGAUAAUGAAGAACAUUUACAUAUUCAUGAUAAUUGUGUUCAUACCGAACGUGUGGAAAAGGAAAAGUUACAGUGGAUGCUUGCACAAACAAAAGAUAAGGUGAAAGGUACCCUAGAAGAUGGAGAGAGUGCUAGAUUUGGUUUUGAAGGAGAAUUAAUCGCUAGAGACAGCAAUGUACCAAUGCAUGUUGGUUUACAUCACCACGGCCUGGAACCUGAUGCUGCUGGUUAUACAAUUGAAGAACUAUUUAUUUUAACUCGUAGUAGCCUUGCUCAACAAAAAGUUAUAGGACUGACAACUUUAGCUCAUAUUUUUGACAAGGAUCACAGAGAUGAAUACCGUGGCAAAUCAGAACCAAUAAUCCCUAAUCUACUUGAUGCUGGAGUCCUUUUUCUGUUACGAUGGAGUUUUGAUGAUAACACCUUAGCUGUUAUUAGCUCUUCAUUACACGCUAUAAGGGCUCUAGUGGUCAAAGAAGAAGACGAGCAUUGUCUAGACAGAAUAUCAUCCUUCUAUCGAGGGUACGAAGUUCCAGCUUUUGAACCAGCUGUUGGUAUUACAGAUUUAAAAGAAAACGAAAAAUCUCAGAUUACCGAUGCUGACCUUGUAUAUAAUGACGUAAUUUCGGUACUACGUGAACCGGGUUUAAUGAAAUGUAUCAUAGACAAUUUCUUACCGAUGUCAUGGAAAGAACUAGAAUCUGAUGAUUCCGUAUCGCAGUUACACGGCUAUCCAUUAUGGGAGGCAAUGAAAUUAGUCACUCAAUUUGAUUUAAUUGCACGCAUUGUGCGCUUCGUCGCAACAUCUCCCACUUUUUUACAAUUGCCGAGCGAGCGCGCUUGCAAGUUAUUUAAAGAGAGUUUAAAGACGUGGACUGUAUGUUUACAGUAUGGAAUAGCUUCCAAUUCCUUUGAUGACUAUUUUAGUAUCAUUAUGGACAAAGUUCAAUCACUCUAUCGGGUAACGCUGUUUCCUUGCCAGUUGGUUAAUAGCUCUCAAAUUGAUCAGCUCCUUCUGUCAGAGCUGCUAAGACUCGUUGAAAAAUUUGUGAGACUAGCCAGUCUAAAGGUAGACCAGAUAAAAACUCUUGAACGUAAUGUGUCGCAGUCAACAAUUGAAUGGAAUAAAGUUAUUGGAGUAGUAGAUGUAAUCUCUGACUGUGCUAAGAAAUGGUUGACUGAAUUUUACAAAACUACCGAGGAUACUGUGACGGAAGAAGCGUUGAGUCUCCUAACCAGUUCACUGCAAGUUAUUUCGUCAUUUAUUGAGGGACUAAAACGACAGUUUAAAUGGUUAUGCUUACGUCCUGAGAUUCUGGAAUUUAUGAUAGCGUUAAGCAGAUAUGAUAGGACGAAAGCUUCCACUGAUGAUAGUGAUUUAACGGUGCACCGAGAAAUUUAUCAAAAAACGGUGUUGUUCAUCUUAAGUGAAGCUUUGCGUGGCGAUGAACACAUUGUAUUCGACUUGGCAUCUAAUCACUUAAUUGAAAGUCGUGGUUUCCUCAAUCUCCUUAACUCCAACGCUUUCGAAAUUGAUUCUUUAAUCAUUACCUAUCCCCAUGCAACUAUAACUCCUAUUGAUUGGAUGUUUUUACCUCUUAUUGAUUUAUACAAUGCUUCAUUAAAUGAUGAUGCUGUGCAAGACGGAGAAAAUUGUGCUACCGUUAGAGCUACAUCUGAUGCGGAGGGUGUAGUUGUAAAUACUCUACGCCUUAUCUUCUUAUUGGAGAUUUGGUAUCCUAGUUAUAUGGCUUCGAUUGACAUUACCGCUAAAAUUGCACGGCUAUCGUGCACUUUCCUCAUUGGGAGUGACUUAUUCUUUCAACAAACAAUACAUUUGUACCUGGAAGUUCUUCUGCGUAUUUUUGUACAAAGUAAUCAGUUAUCUAGUAUCAACUUCAUGGCUCCUAUUCCGGGAAUCACAUCUUAUUAUGAUUUGUAUGUAUCAUUACUCACUCAGUAUGACGCAGUCUCUUUUGGUGAUUAUCUGUUUGCUACAUUCAUCCUAUUGCCUUUGCAGCAACAUUGUGAUCACAGGCUGCGACAUUUGGUAUGGGGUGAAUAUGUAGGAAUUAUAAGGCACUUAUGUCUGCCAUUAAACAAGGCCUGCCUGGUCACCAAUUCUAUAUGUCGUAGCUGUACACCAUGUAUGGGCAGCAGACAUAUUCAGAUACGUAAAGCCUUUAGAGGGUAA